AUGAACUUCUUUUUCGCUCUUUCAGCCUUUGUUGCUAUUGCCCAAGCAGCCAUUCAAGACAAUACCGCCUUCACUUUCCUUGUUCUGCGGUCAGGUUCUUCUAUCCAUUUUUCUACCGUUAAAGAGACUAGUGACCAAAAACUUGUCAUUGAUAGUUCUCUUAAUACAACUUUUACUGGUGUUUUCCUUUCAGAUGGCACUAUCCGUGUUGGUGACUCAGACCAAUGGUUGGUUGUGGGUGCAGACCAACAACUUACUGUCCAGACUGGAUCUCCACAAACUUUUGAAGUUAAUGAUCAAAGCGUGUUGACAUUGGAUGGUAGCUCUUCAAGCUUUUAUGUGAUUGAAAACGAAGAUGGAACUUAUGGUAUUUACAGUGGUUCUGGGUCUACUCAGACAAAUGCUUUCCAUAUCAGUCUUCUUGUUGACUGGGAUAGAAGAGCUUCUUCUGCUUCUUCAUCCACUUCCACUUCCACUUCCACUUCUUCAGAAUCUUUGUCUUCAUCUUCGACUAUUGUUUCUUCUUCUUCUUCUCACAUUACAUCUACUCCUAAUAUCACUACUGCCACUUCUACUUCUAGUGAACUUGGCCAGGUUACAGAAACUGUCACAAUUUGCAGUAAAAAUGGAACUUGUGCUCAUCCUUCAACCUCAGUUCCUCAGGUUAAUGGUGCUGCUUUAGCUGUUGGUACUACAUUUUGGGGUGCCGCAGUUGCUGCAGCUGCAGGUGUUGCAGGUAUUUUCAUUCUUUAA